CACGACUCAUUCGUCGCACGCUGUCAGAGCACAACGGUCCUGUCUGCGCUGAAGGUACGACUAAGAUUAUGUGCAAAUUUACCAAUCGCUUGUUCGUGUUUGCCCUGCUGCUGCUGGCGCUGGGAAAAAUACUGGCACUGCCCGUAUUGGUCAAGGCUAGUCGUCCGGGUAGCGGUAGCUCACGAAAUGUGGUCAACGAUCUGCUGGAGUUCUUGUAUGACGACUACAAUGACAACGGAUUUCAACAGGAGGACAUCUACUAUGAUCAGCGGCAAAAGGGUGCUGAAAAUUUACAGUUGAAGAUGGACGGUCUGGUCGUAGCUGCAGCACCCGCGAUGACUUUCCAAUCGUUGUAUCUGAUGGCCGAGCAAUAUUUCAACAUGGGCGAAAUGCUGCGACAGUCUACUACAGAGCCAGACGAAACUCAAUUGUACGAAAAGGAUCUAGUUAGAGAGCCAGAAUCAACCGCUCCCGAGAACCAUUCCAAAAUUGCAGAUCCAAAAACUGACAUGGAAAGCAGACAGCAGACAGCACCACAAAGCCCCAGCCGGUGUGUAUCCUAA